ACAUAGGAACACUUACUCUCACGCGAUAUAUUCUACUGGACCCCAUUCUCUUGUUCUUCAUCGUUGCCUCUGUGUUCGCGUACUGUCGCUUCAACACACACCGGCGCCGCCCGUUCUCGUACUACUGGUGGAAGUGGCUCACACUCACAG